AUGCCGACUAACCGAUCGAAAUCGGAGAAGCAUGAAGCUACGAAGCAGCUCCGGCGAGACCCUUACGAGGUCCUUGGUGUCACUAGGAAUUCCACCGACCAGGAAAUCAAAAGCGCUUACCGAAAAAUGGCUCUCAAGUACCAUCCCGACAAAAAUGCAAAUGACCCUAAAGCAGCUGAUAUGUUUAAGGAGGUCACCUUUUCUUAUAAUAUCUUGUCUGAUCCAGAUAAACGGCGCCAGUAUGACACAGCUGGCUUUCAGGCUGUUGAAUCAGAAAGUCAAGACUUGGAGCUAGAUCUUUCGAGUUUGGGUGCUGUAAAUACCAUGUUUGCCGCCCUUUUUAGUAAACUUGGGGUGCCAAUAAAGACCACCGUAUCAGCUACUGUCUUGGAGGAGGCGCUAAAUGGCGUAGUCACAAUCCGUCCACUUCCAUUGGGGCAGGCUAUAACAAAAAAGGUUGAAAAGCAAUGUGCUCACUUCUAUGCUGUUACAAUAACGGAAGCGGAUGCUAGGGCUGGAUUUGUGUGCCAAGUGCAGUCGUCGGACAAAAGCAAGUUCAAGUUAUUGUAUUUUGAUCAGGAAGAGACUGGUGGAUUGAGCCUUUGCCUACAGGAGGACAGUGCAAAAACAGGGAAGGUUACGUCUGCUGGGAUGUAUUUUCUCGGUUUCCCUGUAUAUCGGUUGGAUCAAACAUUGAACUCGAUGGCUGCUGCAAAGGAUCCUGAUGCUGCAUUUUUCAAAAAGCUGGAUGGGUUUCAGCCAUGUGAAUUGACUGAACUGAAAGCAGGCACCCAUGUGUUUGCUGUUUAUGGUGACAAUUUUUUCAAAAGUGCAAGCUACACAAUAGAAGCUCUUUCUUGUGGACCUUUUACAGAAGAGAAGGAAAAUUUGAGGGCCGUGGAAGCUCAAAUACUAACAAAAAGAGUGGAGUUGUCGAAAUUUGAAACUGAGUACAGGGAGGUUCUGGCACAAUUUACAGAGAUGACCUCUAGAUAUACACAAGAAAUGCAAGAGAUUGAUGAGCUUCUCAGGCAGAGGAAUGAAAUUCAUGCCUCAUAUACAAUUGCUCCACCAAUGAAGCGGAGUUCAAGUAGGAGUAGGAAUAAGGGUCAGUCUAAGGAGGUCAACGAAGAAGGUCAAAUAACCUCUAUAUGCUGCAGGGAACCAGACAGUCUCUUUCCAGUUUUUGGUUGUGGUUGUUUAGCAUCCAUCGAAGCGAAGUACAAGGCUAAGCUUUUGGUAGACCAGAGUGUGUUAAAUAAUGAUGCAAGUGGAUAUGUUUGGCUUCAUUACUCUGGCAUGGCAAGACGACAGCAACUCAUCGUUAUUUUUAUUCGUCAACUCAUUGCACGGGUAGUUAUUUUGGAUUAUGGAAUGAAAAGCAUGGCAGAGGAUGUAUUUGCUCCUGCCCAAGUACCCAAUUGUUCUUGGCUAGUUUCUUUUGUUCCAUGA